CGAAAUCCAGAACUCACCCCGCUUUCUUCCCCAAAUCUCGCUCGCCUCUCGCUCCUCUCGCGAAACCCUAGCCGCGGCCGCCGCCAUGGACGGGAUCGACGCGGAGCUGGCGCGCGCGCAGGACGAGCGCCGGAAGCUGGAGGAGGCCCUGGAGGCCGGCGCGCCCAUGGCCGUCUCCUCCGUCACCUUCGACACGGACCUCUACGGCGGGGGCGGCUCCGACCCCAACCGCUUCGCCGGCUACGACACCUCCAUCCCGGCCUCCGAGGACGACGCGCCCGAGGACGUCCACGCCGAGCCCGCCGCCAACCCCGCUGCCCGCCGCCUCGCGUCCUACACGGGCCACGCUGUCGCCGCCGCCGACAUCCCCCGGUCGGACGACGACGGGAUGCCCGUGAAGAAGUCCCAGCGCAUCAUCGACCGCGAGGACGACUACCGCCGGCGCCGCCUCGACCGCAUCAUCUCGCCCGAGCGCCACGACGCCUUCGCCGCCGGGGAGGCCACCCCGGACCCCUCCGUGCGGACCUAUGUCGAUGCCAUGCGCGAAAACAAGGUGCAGCAGGAGAAGGAGUAUGUGCUGCGGGAGAUUGCUAAGAAGAAGAAGGAGGAAGAGGAGAAAGCCAAGGAGAAGAAGGCUGCCCCUGAGCCAGUGCCAGCCGCGACCAAGCGUCGCAACAGGUGGGAUCAAUCGCAGGAUGGGGAUACUGCUGCUGCUGGGGCCAAGAAGGCGAAGACUGCCUCAGACUGGGAUGCCCCUGAUGCAACCCCUGGGAUUGGGCGCUGGGACGCCACCCCUGGACGCAUUGGUGAUGCGACACCCUCUGUGAGGAGGAAUAGGUGGGAUGAGACACCAACCCCGGGGAGGAUGGCUGAUGCAGAUGCGACUCCCGCAGCUGGUGGCAUUACUCCAGGAGCCACCCCUUCUGGGGCAUGGGAUGCUACUCCUAAGCUGCCUGGUGGGCUUGUCACACCAACACCCAAGAAGCAGAGGUCGAGGUGGGAUGAGACACCCGCGAGUAUGGGGAGUGCAACACCUGGUGGUACGGCUGCGACACCUGCAAAUUACACUCCUGGAGUGACUCCAUUUGGAGCAGAGAAUCUUGCCACACCAACACCUGGCCAUCUUGCUCGUGGCCCAAUAACUCCGGAGCAGUACCAGCUCAUGCGUUGGGAACGGGACAUUGAGGAGAGGAACAGGCCUCUCACUGAUGAGGAGCUUGACAGCAUGUUCCCGCAGGAGGGUUACAAGAUUCUUGAACCUCCGGCUUCAUACCAGCCCAUACGCACCCCAGCGAGGAAGCUGCUUGCUACGCCAACACCUCUGGGCACACCGCUUUAUGCUAUUCCGGAGGAGAAUCGUGGACAACAGUAUGAUGUGCCCAAGGAGAUGGUUGGGUUGCCACUCAUGAAGCCAGAGGAUUACCAGUACUUUGGAACUUUGCUGAACGAGGAUGAGGAGGAGCAGCUUACUCCAGAGGAGCAGAAGGAGAGGAAAAUCAUGAAGCUCCUGCUAAAGGUUAAGAAUGGCACGCCCCCGCAGCGAAAGACAGCACUUCGGCAGCUCACAGACAAAGCACGGGAAUUUGGUGCUGGCCCACUGUUCAACAAAAUCCUGCCAUUGCUCAUGCAGCCAACACUCGAGGAUCAAGAGCGCCAUCUCCUGGUGAAGGUCAUUGACAGGGUGCUGUAUAAGCUGGAUGAGCUGGUCCGUCCAUUUGUGCAUAAGAUUCUUGUGGUUAUCGAGCCGCUUUUGAUUGAUGAGGAUUAUUAUGCUCGUGUUGAGGGCAGGGAGAUUAUCUCAAAUCUAAGCAAAGCUGCUGGUCUUGCUACUAUGAUUGCCGCCAUGAGACCGGAUAUUGAUAAUAUCGAUGAGUAUGUGAGGAAUACAACUGCUAGGGCAUUCAGUGUGGUGGCUUCUGCUUUGGGUAUCCCUGCCCUCCUCCCGUUUUUAAAGGCUGUCUGUCAGAGUAAGAAGUCCUGGCAAGCUCGGCACACUGGUAUCAAGAUUGUUCAGCAGAUUGCUAUUCUCAUGGGCUGCGCUGUUCUGCCUCACCUUAAGAACCUAGUUGAGAUCAUUGAGCAUGGUUUAAGUGACGAGAACCAGAAAGUGCGGACAAUCACUGCCCUCUCCCUUGCUGCACUUGCUGAAGCUGCUGCACCCUAUGGUAUAGAAAGCUUUGACAGUGUGUUGAAGCCUCUGUGGAAGGGUAUCAGAUCUCACCGUGGGAAAGUCCUUGCUGCCUUCUUGAAGGCUAUUGGUUUCAUCAUCCCUCUUAUGGAUGCUCUUUAUGCCAGUUACUACACGAAGGAGGUGAUGCAAGUCCUGAUUAGGGAAUUCCAGUCACCAGAUGAAGAGAUGAAGAAGAUUGUGCUGAAGGUUGUUAAGCAGUGUGUCAGUACAGAGGGUGUGGAAGCUGAUUAUAUUCGGAGUGACAUCCUUCCAGAUUUCUUCAAACACUUCUGGGUUCGGAGAAUGGCUCUAGAUCGUAGGAACUAUAAGCAACUUGUGGAAACAACGGUCGAGAUGGCAAACAAGGUGGGAGUUACUGGUAUCGUUGGGAAGAUUGUUGAGGAUCUGAAAGAUGAAAGUGAGCCUUACAGGAGAAUGGUGAUGGAAACAAUUGAGAAGGUGGUGGCUAACUUGGGUGCUUCGGAUAUUGAACCUCGUCUGGAGGAGCUGCUUAUUGAUGGCAUCUUGUAUGCUUUCCAAGAGCAGACAAGUGAUGAUGCAAAUGUCAUGCUUAAUGGCUUUGGAGCAGUUGUUAAUGCGCUCGGCCAGAGGGUCAAGCCUUACCUUCCUCAGAUAUGUGGUACCAUCAAGUGGCGAUUGAACAACAAGAGUGCAAAAGUCAGGCAGCAAGCUGCUGAUCUGAUCUCAAGGAUAGCCAUUGUGAUGAAGCAGUGCCAGGAGGAGCAGCUUAUGGGUCACCUGGGUGUUGUGCUGUAUGAGUACUUGGGAGAGGAGUACCCUGAGGUGCUGGGGUCAAUUCUUGGAGCUUUGAAGGCCAUUGUGAAUGUCAUUGGUAUGACUAAGAUGACACCACCAAUCAAGGAUCUUCUUCCUCGGCUGACCCCCAUCUUGAAGAAUAGGCAUGAGAAGGUCCAAGAGAACUGCAUUGAUCUAGUUGGUAGGAUUGCUGAUCGUGGAGCAGAAUUUGUACCAGCUAGGGAGUGGAUGAGGAUCUGUUUUGAGCUGCUGGAAAUGUUGAAGGCUCACAAGAAGGGCAUCAGAAGAGCUACUGUGAACACAUUCGGGUAUAUCGCAAAGGCAAUUGGGCCACAGGAUGUUUUGGCCACCCUGUUGAAUAACUUGAAGGUGCAGGAGCGGCAGAACCGUGUUUGCACUACUGUAGCAAUUGCUAUCGUUGCUGAAACUUGUUCGCCUUUUACCGUUCUGCCUGCCCUCAUGAAUGAGUACCGGGUUCCAGAGCUUAAUGUCCAGAAUGGUGUUUUGAAAUCUCUCUCUUUCCUGUUUGAGUAUAUCGGUGAAAUGGGCAAAGAUUACAUAUAUGCUGUCACUCCGUUGCUUGAAGAUGCUCUAAUGGACAGGGAUCUUGUUCACAGGCAGACUGCUGCAUCUGCUGUUAAGCAUAUGGCUCUAGGAGUUGCUGGCUUGGGUUGUGAAGAUGCUCUUGUCCAUCUGCUUAACUAUGUCUGGCCCAACAUAUUUGAGACAUCUCCCCAUGUCAUUAAUGCUGUCAUGGAGGCUAUCGAGGGGAUGAGGGUUGCUCUAGGUGCAGCUGUGGUUCUGAAUUAUUGCCUCCAAGGCCUUUUCCACCCAGCAAGGAAAGUACGUGAAGUAUAUUGGAAGAUCUACAACUCGCUGUACAUUGGUGCGCAAGAUGCACUUGUUGCUUCUUAUCCUGCACUAGGCGACGACGGGGACAAUAUUUUCAGUCGUCCAGAGCUAGCCAUGUUCGUGUGAUCAACUGUUUAGGUAUGGAUUGCAAGAAGUUGCCCCUUGUCAGCAAAUCUGGCUACAGGUUAUAUGAGCAUUCAAGCAGUAGCAAGUGGUGUUUAAUCUUGUGUUGUCUCGUUUAUUUUUGUAUUUUGUUGUAUGUUCUGUUUUUGCUCUCUACAAAACAAGGAUCUGAUAUGCAAACGCAUUGGCAGGCAGGAUGUACAUGUCCAUGCAUCGUCAUCCAUAUGCAUCGAUGCAUGUGAAGCUUGAACUGGGGUGGUAUUUGAAUUAGAGCUCACAUUUAAUUACUUGGUGUAACUUCUUGUGAUGUCUGUCUUUAUUGAAGCUGCAUUUUUGUAUUUGCAGGCUUAUUCCUUCUGAAGGGGGUGCAAUCUUUAAGAAAUGUUUUUUCCUGGUUUACUGUACUGCUAAACCGCUGUCGUGAUCCGAUGUACUAACUCAUUUCAGAACUGAUUGUUUUUUCAGGCUAUGUUGGUGCAAGUCUAGCAAAGCGGCUUAUCUGGAAUCGGGACAAGUCCGUCGUAAGAGGAGAGUAGCAUGUUUACUUCGUCACAACUUGUAAUACUAUGUCUAGCCUGUCAUAAUGGAAUGUUUUGAAGAGUGGUGACAAUCGUAGAGUUGGUAUCGCCUUUAUAUAUGACAUGUAAAAUGUUUGUCACGGUGGCCAUUACUGUUGUUGAAACUUCGUCUUAGGUCAUAUUAGAUAUGCAGUGAACUGUUGAGGUUGGGUAACACUUUUAUGGUUCCUGUAACACGAGUAUGGUUGGCUCGCAUCUGUUUUAUGCUGGUGAUUUUGUUUGUC